CGCCGGCUCUCGCGCUAGCUCUGCCCGGGUUUCGGGGAAGAGUCGCUGGUUCGCCGAAGGUGGCUGCGUCGCGCGAGAGCGGGGCGUGGCUCGAGGCCGCGGCUGGGGCCCCGGGCGGUUUCCGCUGAUAUCCGUUAUCCCGCGAGCUGGCCGGGGGUGGGGCUGGCGCUGAGGCGCGCAGCCGGCGGGUCGCUAGAGCCCCCGCGGGAGGAUGGCGCCGCCGGAGCUGCUGCUGCUGCUGCUCCCGCUGGCGGCGGCGGCGGCUCCCCUCGGCGCAGGCCAAAUGAAUCUGACAAGCCCUCAGAAUGUUCAAGUCGAUGUUGUAAACACAAAUUUCACUCUAAGAUGGAGCUGGGAUAGUGAGAAUGACUUCAAUGUGACAUUUUCAGCUCAAUACCAACGAAGAUUUGAGGAUUAUGAGGAGGAGGAGGUGGAAGAAGAAACAGAUUGGAAAGAGAUAUCUGGCUGUCAGAAUGUCACUGUCACAGAAUGUGACUUCUCCUCAGCAAUGACAGCUUAUUUAGAUUUCUAUAAUGUGCGUAUAAGAGCUGAAAAAGGGGAAGAAAAAUCUCCGUGGUCUACUACUUUAUCAUUUAGUCCAUAUUCAAUAGCUAAAAUUGGUCCUCCAGGAGUGCAGUUAGAAUCCAUAGAUGGAGUGGUGAAAAUCAACAUUUCCCCUCCAGAAGAAAAUCAGAACAGAAAAAUGUGGACAAACGAUAUAAGUUUUACCUACAAUGCAGUGUUCUGGGAAAACUCAUCAAAUGCAGAGCCAAAAAGCAAAACUAUUCAUCGCAGAGAAACAAUUUAUGAUCUCGUGCCAGAGGCUACUUACUGUCUGAAGGUUCAAGCACGCAUAACUUCUGAAAGAAAAGUAGGUUCCUUCAGUCCAGUGUACUGCAUUAAAACUACAGAUCAAGCAUGGAAUGUGCUACCUUAUCCAGUGAAUGUGGAAGUUCAUGCUUUGAACAUGAAGUUUCUUCUAUCCUGGGAUAAUCAAUAUGAUCAAAAUGUGAGCUUUACGGUACAAUACCUCAGUGGAUAUUUAAAGAGUCUCCCUGAAGACUAUUCAAAUAAAUGGAACACUAUUUCUGGAUGCGAAAACAUCACUACUACACAGUGUGACUUCUCAUCUGACAUAGAAACUAGUGGAACUUACUUUCUCCGUGUACAGGCUAUGAAUGGAUAUAAUAAAUCACGUUGGUCUAAUGAAAUAAAAGUGGAUCCUUGUGUAGUAAAUGAAAUUGGCCCUCCAAACAUAACAGUAAGCUCUAGUGAGGAUUCGCUUCGUAUCCAGCUCACUCCUCCAGGAGAGUCUGAAAAUAAGUCCAUGAGUGAAUUUUAUGACUUAUCUUACCGCGUUCUGUACUGGAAAAAUUCUUCAGAUACUGAGGAGAAAAUCAAAGAAGAAGAACAGUUAUUAUUCACAAUCUCUAACUUGACACCCUUGGUUUUGUACUGUUUGAAAGUGCAAGCAUUUUCACCAGCAUAUAAAAAAGAUGGUCAUUUUAGUGAUGUGGCAUGUAUUAAAACACUUAAUGAUAAAACUUCACCUUGGACUAUUUUGAAAACCUUUGUAAUCGCCAUGAUUGUCUUCUUCUUUUUUGUAUCAUUUUUGAUUUUUGGUAUAUAUUAUAUAUUUAGACGGAUCAGAUAUGCGUUCUUUCCAUCAUGCAAACCUCCUUCAAACAUAGAGUGCCUUGGUGGACAACCUUUCAACAGUCCGUAUCUGUCAACUUCAGAGGAGCCAACAGAAAAUUGUUGUAUAAUUGAGAGUAUUGUUAUAGAGGAAACAAAUCAAACUGAUUUUAAAGACUACAAACCCUCUAAACAGAGCACUCGAGAUUCAGGAAAUUAUUCUAAUGAUGAUGAUACUUCUGGAACUAAAGUGUUAUAAGAAAUGCUAGAACAGGAAACAGCAUAACUAAACAUAACCUCAGACUUGAGACUGGCAGCCUAACUAGCAUUUUGCUGUUCUCAUUACAUAUGGAAGAGUCUUUGCCUGACAAAGGCAGGAUGAUGUCAAACUGUUGGUCCUAAAGCUUCCGGUUUUGCUUUUUAGUAGUGCAAAAUUACGUAAAUGUGAGGAACAAAUAUUACUACUGCUUCUCCAGGAAAAGGAUAUUCUUCUGACAUACCAGUUUGGUUGGUAUUUAGUACUAGUCUUUCUGUUUACCAUGUGGAUCCUGAUAACAUCAGCAAAAGUCCUGUGAUGUCUCCGCAGAAAAGACAAUCUUUGCCCAUCUAUGUUGCUGGUGGUAGAUGCCAACAUAUGUAGACAGCGGUCUCAAAAGAAAACUCUGCUAAGCUUCCUUAAGCCUGCUCUUGGAACUCCUGGUGCCACUUGUCCAUUGUAUGUGCUCGUGUCAAUUCUGUGAACUUUAAACUUAUUACUAUCAAUAUGCCCUCCUCCGAGACAAUUCAGCUAGACAAAUGUUUUAGAAGUAGACAUAAAACAUCCCUAAUUCAUCUAAUUGACUCUAUUACAACAAACACUUUUGGCUUUAGAUCAAAAACAUGCAGCUAACAUGCAGAGGUAGAGACAGAAAAGGGAUUUUUCUCAGGUAAAUAUUAGCUGGAGAAGUUAAAGGAAAAUAGUGGAUGCUUGUUGUAAGAAUAGUUUUGGGCAACUUUGUCUUGAUCGUUCUAGCCUAACAAGCACUACAUCCAGAAUAAAACAGUGAUCUUCCAGAUUAGAUGUGCAUAAAAGCAAAAUCUCAGCCCUGUAAGAACGGAACAAAUUCUAUUAUGCACUUUAAUGCCAAAGCAAGUUAGGGAGCUUAUACUUGUGUCUGUUUAGUAACCAGAUGCCCAUAAGUUGUAACAUUUUUACCCACAGCUGAGAUGUAGUUAAAUGUGAAAUUCUCUCCUACAUUUGAAAAUAACAAACAUUUUAUUUUCAA